AUGUCUGCUAAUAACUUUAAUUUAUUAGAACAGAACGAAGUUCAAGUUGUUUGUAAUCAGGAUCAAGAACAGCAAUCUGAUAGCGACGAUAUGGUUAACGUUGGCGAACUGAAUAUAGAGCUACGUCUCAAAAUUACAGAGCUACGCCUCGAAAUUACAGAGCAACGUCUCGGAAUUACCGAACUUCGUCAGGAGCUUACUCAGACUCUUGUAAGAAGUGCCCGACUUGAGGAACGAAACAACCAGCUGAUUAUACGCAUCAAUGAACGCGAGAAAUGUAUUCAGAAAUCAGACGUUGUAUUAGCGGCCGUCUUAGCGUUCGUCUUAGCGGCUGUUCUACUCGUAUUAAUGGCUGGUUUGCUCGGAAAUCAUUGA